AAGUAUUUUAAAAUGUCAGAUUUUAGUCCCAAUUUCAAUUUUUUUGACGAAGAGUUUUUGGAAAAUAAAAACAGUAAUAUUCAAUUUGACCCAGUUGAGCUUGAUAAUACAAAUAAAAAACUUCAUAAGUUUGGGGUGGUUUCUCGCAAACUUUUUGAAGAUCGACCUCAUCAAAAUCCAUCAAACAAGCCAAAUAAUGUAUUUCAAAUUAAAAAACGCAAAAUACAGGAAGAGAUGCAAGAUGAAGCAUCAGUUCCAGAUACAUUAUUUCCAGAUCUUCCAAUGGAAAGUUUUAGCCAACUAUGUAAAGCUGCUUUGAAAAAGCCAAGUUUUAACUCAGUAAUAGUUCCAGUUAUGUCAACAAAAAAAGUUUCAGCAAAAGCAUUUUGUGGUAAUCUAAAUAAAACAUUCAAAAGUUCAUAUACAGGUGUUUCUAAGGAAAAAAGGACAAGCAAAAGCUUAAAUGUGGUUUAUCCUGAUAUAAAUACAAGACAUAAAGGCUCAUAUACAGUUAGUCCUGAUAUAAUUAAGAAAUGCAAAAGCUCAAAUGCUGUUGUACCUGAGAUAAAUAAGACAUGCAAAAUCCCAUGUACAGUCGUUCCUUAUGCAAAAGAGACAUACAAAAGCUCAUAUACAGUUCCGGAUAUAAAGAUUGAAGAAAGUUCACCAUUUAAAACCCCGCUAAAGUUAAAAAGCUAUAAUGUUCAAGAUGAGAAAGAAAACUAUUUGCAAGAACUAUUAUUAGCUUGGUGUUGUCAAAAUAAAAUAUACGAUGAACUUGAUCAACAAUUACUUAAACAAAAUGUUGAAAACAAGAAGCAACCUGUAUACUGCUUCACUAUAACACUUGAUGUACAGAAUUUGAUCGAUGAUAGUGUACUGCUAGGCAACCUUGUUAUUAAUUCUCCUGUGUUGUUCUGCAAAUUGUUAAAAAAAGUUUGUUUUAGUUUGCUUAAUGCAGAAAGUUUGUUAUUAAAGUUGCAGUCUAUUCAUCAGCUUAUAAUAACUCCAAUUUUUAUAAAUCUUCCAGCUACUGAUGAACAUGAAAUUAUGCACUCCAGUGAUUUUCAAAAUCACAAAUUAACUUCUGGUAGACUGUUCAGAUUAAGAACUUUAGUUAUCGGUAUAUCAUCUUCAGUUUCUUACACUUUGUCAACAAAGUACAAGUGCUCUAAUUGCUCAUGUUCAGACUUUGUUUUAACAGCAAGUUUGGAUAGUGUUGAAUCAGAUUUGAUUAGAAGUGAUCUUUGUUGUCAAAUUUGUGGUUUAUUGAUGGAAGAAGAUUUCUCACAGAGAAUAACAUCUGAAAAACUUUAUUGUUUUGGUGUGCCUGUAUCAUCAACAAAAUGUCUGCAAUCAAAUACAUUUGGUCGUUCACAAUCUAUUAAAGUUGUAGUGAGAGAUGAGUUAUCCAAAAAGAUAAAAAUUGGGGAGUAUUAUUGGUUUAUUGGAUUUUUUAAAUUUGAUGUGCGGCCAGGUUUUAUGCAAAACCAAUGCAUACAAGUGACGUUUGAAGCUUUAACUAUAGAGGAUCCUUGCUCAAGUGUAAAGUUUAAAUAUAUACCAUCAGAUGCCAUUUCUUUACUUUAUAAUGACAGAAAAUGCUCGCCAUGGAGUUUUGUCUUGAGUCUUGCCUUUUGUUUUGCAGAAUCAAUUGCUCCUUCUGGUUUAUAUCAUCUAUUGAAAUUAUGCUUGAUGUUUAGUUUGGUCAUGGAAGGUGACUCAUCAUAUCUUAAUCUUGACGAAGAUAAAGGAAAAGUAAAUCGUAAUCUUUUGCAUAUACUUUGUCAAGACCAGGAUUUAUUGAUGUGUCAGCGAUUGAUGAUGUAUGGUUGUUCAUUCAGUGAAAAUCCUGUUGUACACAAACUUCCAAUGAACCUCUUUGGUUCUGUUACUGAAGAAGGGGCUUCUUUUUUUGUUGAUGGUGGAAGUCUAGUACUAGCAUCUACUGAUAUCUGCUGCAUCUUAAAUCAUGCUGCACUGAAAAAGAAACAGCAAGAAAAACUGUCUACAGUGUUAGAAUAUAAAUGUGCUGGCAUUAACAUUCCUCGGAAACAACAACAUGAUGGUCAACAAUGUCAAUUAAUACUACCAAUUAACUGUACUGUUUGGUCAUGUAAUGAAAAGGAUUCUUCACAUUGUUCUACCUCAAUUCCUUUCUCAAGUCAGUUUAACUUGGUGCUUAACCAAAGCAAAGAGUUUAAAUCUUCAAAUAUAAAGGCUUGUCAUGUAUUGGAUUCAGUAUCCAAGAAAACUGCAUCAAGUAUGUUUUCAUCUACUCAACUCAAAGAAUUUGUAUCUCAGUGUCGUCGCCAAUCUGUAGAAAUGACUCAUGCAAGUUUCAAACUGAUGAAAGCUUUUUAUUUUACAAGGAGGCGCUCUGGGUUACCUCGUGUAACACAGUUGUUGUUCAACACCAUUCUGUCUCUUUCAGCUGCUCAUUCAAAGUUAAUGCUUCAUCCAAAGGUAGAGAUUGAUGAUGCUGUUGCAGCCAUUUAUAUUGUUGAACAACUUGAUACCUUGAUGCAUGGUGAAUCAUUAUCUGGAAUUAGACCAGUUAUUCAUUUUCCAAAAGAAGAAAUGUUUAAACGAAUUGGUCCAGAGAACGAUGAUUUGAUGUACCAGUUUAAAAGUUAUAUUGUUCAUCAAUGCUCAAUUCAUUAUCCAGAAUUAAAAAAAGAGGUUUUAACGCAAACGUAGAUACGAUAUAUGUAAUGACGUAAACUCGAGAUGCUUGACAACGGCUACUCAUCGAAUAGUUUCUGUUUUUUAGACUUUACUUUUUUCAAUUUAAAAUUAAAGUGUUAUUUAUUUUAAGUCUUAAUUGCGUUAAAAUAAUAUUUAGUAUUUGUUUAUCUUCUUUUUUGGAAAAAGAUAUUUUGAUUUGGUGGCGCAAAUCGGUUUCAUAAAACUUUUGAAAUUUUAUCUAUUUAUUUCACUAAUGUUAUUUCACAAUAACAAAAUGAAUAUUUAAUUUUUCACAUUUUAAAUAAAUAGAAAGCAGUAGGUUUACCACUGUUCUGUGAAAGUAGUAUUUUUUGCACUUUGUCCAGAGUAAAAGUUUUUUUAUCUGAAAUUUCUUCAGGGUUGACAAAAAAAAAAUUCUUUUCCAACACUAAA